GAAGCUAUCCUAGGACAUGCGGAAAGGAAAGAGCGAAUGACCCUGUACAGGGGGCAGAAUAGAAGUGGGAUGAUAAGAGAUCAGUCAGUGAUCUGAAGCCUGGUUCCCUCAACUCCGGACUGUGUACUCAGGGUAUGGCCUCCAGCAUCCUGUAGACCUGGCGGCCUCUCAGUACUUACGGCCCCAAUUUGGGGUUCUGAGUGGCUACUGGAGAGCCUUGCAAAAGAGCACAGAGGGCAGGACCAUGGCAUCAAGGGUCUCUGAACCCUCUGAACUGCCCCCGGGACCAGGACGAAGCAUGACAGCAGGAAUCAUCAUUGUUGGAGAUGAGAUCCUUAAGGGACACACACAAGAUACCAACACUUACUUUCUUUGCCGGACGCUGCGCUCCCUGGGGGUCCAGGUUUGCCGAGUCUCUGUUGUACCUGAUGAAGUAGCCACCAUUGCAUCUGAGGUCACCUCCUUCUCCAGGCGCUUCACUCAUGUCCUCACCGCGGGGGGCAUCGGCCCCACGCAUGACGAUGUUACCUUUGAGGCAGUGGCACUGGCUUUUGGGGAGGAGCUCAAACCACAUCCUGAGCUCCAAGAAGCCAUCAAAACCCUAGGAGGAGAGGGUUGGGAGAAGCUGUCGAUGGUGCCCUCCUCUGCCCGUCUGCAUUACGGUACAGAUCCUCGAACUGGUCAGCCUUUCAGAUUCCCGCUGGUCUCUGUCCGAAAUGUCUACCUCUUCCCAGGAAUUCCUGAGCUGCUGCGACGAGUUUUGGAGGGACUGAAAGGACUGUUCCAAAACACAGCUGUACAGUUCCACCUGAAGGAGUUGUAUGUGGCUGCGUCUGAGGGCUCUAUUGCCCCCAUCCUGUCGGAGGCUCAGGCCCACUUUGGGCGUAGGCUUAACCUGGGUUCCUACCCUGACUGGAGCAGCAACUACUUUCAGGUGAAGCUGAUUCUAGACUCUGAGGAAAAAGAACCCUUGGAGGAAUGUCUGGCCUAUCUGACUGCACGUCUGCCCCAGGGAUCACUGGUCCCCUACUUGCCUGAUGCUGUUGAGAAGGCUAGUGAGGCUGUGUACAAACUCGCUGAGUCAGGGUCUUGUCUGGGGAAAAAGGUAGCAGGUGCCCUACAGACCAUUGAGACUGCGCUGGCUCAGUACCACCUCUCCCAGCUUUGUGUGGGCUUCAACGGGGGGAAGGACUGCACUGCCCUCCUGCACCUCUUCCAUGCUGCUGUGCAGAGAAAAUUUCCUGAUGUUCCAAAACCUCUCCAGAUCCUGUACAUUCGUAGCAUCUCGCCCUUCCCUGAGUUGGAACAGUUUCUGCAGGACACCAUCAAGAGGUAUAAUCUGCGGGUGUUAGAAGCUGAGGGUAACAUGAAGCAGGCCCUGGGUGAGCUUCAGGAAAAGCACCCCCAGCUGGAGGCUGUCCUGAUGGGCACUCGACGGACUGACCCCUACUCCUGUAGCCUCAGCCAUUUCAGUCCCACCGACCCUGGGUGGCCUUCAUUUAUGCGUAUCAACCCGCUGCUGGACUGGACCUACAGAAACAUCUGGGAGUUUCUGCGGCAGCUGUUUGUCCCAUACUGCAUCCUGUAUGACAGAGGGUACACAUCACUGGGGAGUCGGGAAAACACAACACAGAAUCCAGCCCUGAAGUGCCUGAGCCCAGGAGGACACCCCGUCUACCGUCCGGCAUACCUACUGGAGAAUGAGGAUGAGGAAAGGAAUUCCCGCAUGUGAUCUCACACAAGCUGGGGACAAGACAGAGGGAAGAGGGCUGUCCUGGGGUAACCUGUCAUGUCAGUAAAGUGUACCUCACACACCAUUGUUGGUGCCUGUUGCUCUGGCUGUGACUUCCUGCUCCAAGGUCAAGUGAGGCUGCCAGCUUUGAACUGGCAGUGCUCACUCCGGGCCCCGGAGUAAGGUAGAACACACUAGAAAGGACUGCUGGGGACAAGACUCAGUGUCAGCCACAGCCAGAGCUCACGAAAGGACCAGAGGUGGCCAGGCAGAGCACUGCUUGCUUGGAAGGGAAGCUGAGCUUUCCUGGCUGUGGAGGAUAAAGGAUGAAGUGGCCAAGCCCGCCCUUCUAACCACCAUCCCCGUUUGAAAGGCUGACUCAGCCUGCUCCGGAGGCCCAGAACCUUCUUUUGCUAGACCCUAGAGCCUUUGUUUUUAGUCAUGAGGCCUGAGGGGGUGGGGACAUUGGAUAAAAGGUCCCAAAGGCAGCAUCCACACCCUUCUGCUGAGCUGCUGUUCACAUGAAGCCACCAAUGCAGCCCCUGACUCAGGCCCUGCCCUUCUCUCUCAGAGAUGCCCUUCGAGGCACUGGUCUCCAGGUGCCUGUCAUUAAGAUGGGCACAGGGUGGGAGGGCAUGUAUCGAACCCUGAAGGAAGUUGCCUACAUCCUUCUUUGUUGCUGGUGUAUCAAGGAACUGCUGGAUUGAUGGUGGCAGGGAACGCCCUUGUCACCCCUGACACCAAGACCUGCACCACUCAGGUGGGGAGGGGAGGGCAGACUGUCAGGAGGUGGGGCUGCAGCUUCUGGGGUGGAACCUGCAGCCCAGCUCUCCCAUCUUUUCUAUAGCCCUAAGACUCCUGGAGCCAGCUGGCCUUCACCAAGGAUGGGCCACAAAGAACUGAAGAGUGAACCAUGAACCUUUGAGCUGUCCAUCCGUCUGACCUGCCUCAUCCUGGGGCAUCUAUCCUCAGCUCCUGUCUUUGCUGUGCUUCUGGUACACCUGAGCUUGGCUUGCUGGCUCAGACUCCAGUGACACUACAGCAGGAUCUCGUAUUCCUCCAAAAUCGGCACAGUGAGCCCACCAACCCACAUACUUGAAGAACCAGGAAUGGACUGCCCCUAAGAUAUCUGGUAAUCACUCAACUAUAAAUAUAAUAAAUAGGCUUUGAGGCCAACAA